AUGGUGCUAAAGGUGGACGACAUGUCAGACUGGGACAGCACUAGUAUACACGUGGGUGGGAACGCCUGCUGCCGGGUGCGGCGGAGUAUGCAGUGUUUCGGAUUCCGUGAAGCCGAGUGCGAUGGAUGCGGCAGCGAGGGUGACGACGGUCGCAGUGUGGGGGAGCUACUGCUGCCGCAGUACGCGCUGGCCACUGGGGGACUCGCGAAGGACCACCGCCCGCUUAUCACCUUCCCCGACAAUAACAACUUUCAUCUCCUUACUGCUGCGGAAUACCGCCGCCUUCUCCUUUAUCUAACCUCGGUGCCGUCGUUAUUAGAAGCUGAAAUGGGUUUCCAUAUAAUAAUUGAUCGACGAAAAGACAGAUGGAACUCUGUUAAAACUGUAUUGAUAAGAAUAUCUGAGUUUUUCCCUGGUGUCAUCCACUCUGUGUACGUAUUAAGACCGGCGAGCUUUCUUCAAAAAGCCCUGUCUGAAGUUAGUAGCAAACUAUUCAAGGAAGAAUUUCGUUUCCGCGUUCUUGUUUGCUCCUGUAUUGAAGAGUUGUACGAGCACUUCGACAGGUCACAGCUGACACCGGACCUUGGAGGAGAGUUGCAAUAUUCACACUCUGAGUGGAUUCAACAGCGAAUAGCCUUGGAGAAAUUUUCGACACUAAUGAAAGAGAUAUCGAGCAAGUUGGACAACUUUAUGCAUGAGAUUGUAGACUGCGAUAUGGGCAAUGAUCCUACACAAACCAAAGAAUUACUAGACUGUCAAGAAACUAGGUAUAAAGCUUUAAAAACCGAAUUAGCGUCAGCGACUGCGCAAGGCGAAGAUUUGCUAACGCAAGUGAGGAAACCAAAUCUUACGUAUAAUAUUAUAAGUCACGUUGCAGCCGUCGAGAGGUUAUUGGUACAACUCGAUGAGACAGAGAAACAAUUUGAUAAUUUCUGGCAGAAACAUUCCACUAAAUUAAACCACUGGUUGAAGUUUCGCACCUUUUUAUUAAAUUUCAAACAAAUGCAAGCAACUUUAGAUAACCAUUUAAAGACAGCGUGCGAUAUGACCGAAGUUGGUGAGACUGCGAUCAGAGUAGAAAGCCUAAUACAGGAAACAAACGAUUUUGAGAAACUGUGUAAUUGCGAUCUCAAUACUGCGUCGUCAGUUAUCGAUGACGGAGAAACCCUUAUGAAAGACCCGCUUAGCUCUGUGGACCAUAUCGAGUCGAAAUGUGAGGAAUUGAGGAGGACCAGCGCUUUGCUUAUUGAUAAGAUACAGAAACGGAACUUACUGUUGACCAAAGCCCGGGAACUGAUGGACAGGAUAGAUAAGGCAAACGAAUGGUGCACUACAGGAGUCGAAAUUUUAGCCGGAGAAGGAGGACUCAUAGCUGUAGACAAGUUGCUAGACGAUGCGAAGAGUUUUGGUCUAACAGCGCCGGAACAAUUUCGGGAUAUGCUGCUACAGUCCGCGACACAAGAAACCAGGGCACUGGUCGCUCAGGUGGCACAAAGAGUGGAAGAUGUGUGGCUGAUGGUAUCUGUGAAGCGGGCAACGCUGCAGCGCGCUGCAGCCAAGCCGGCACGUCCAGUGCAAUCAGUCCCGCCCCAGAGUGCCUCCAUGCCGGUAGCAGUAGAGCAGAUGGAAACAUCGGGAGGGUCGGAGAGCUCCGGCGGUGAAGACGCAGAAGCACGGCGGUCACGCCGAGGUCACGUACUCGCUGAAUUGCUUCAAACCGAAAGGAUCUACGUACAGGAACUCGGCUCUAUACUUACUGGUUACAAGGAAGAGAUUGAAAAACCGGAGAAUCAACACGUAAUACCAGCUGCAUUGGUUGGACAAGCAGACGUAUUAUUUGGAAACCUCCAUGAACUGUUCACAUUCCACCAAGACGUUUUCUUAAAAGACCUAGAGCGUUCUAUAUCGGCGACUGAAUUAGUAGCGUUAUGCUUUGUUGAAAAGAGAGAGACGUUCUUCAGACUGUACAGCUAUUACUGCCAAAACAUUCCGCGGUCAGAGCGACUCCGGGAGACAUUGGUGGACACUCACUUGUUCCUGCAGGCGUGUCAACAACGUCUCGGUCACAAACUGCCACUGGCCGCGUAUUUACUUAAACCUGUACAGAGGAUUACCAAAUAUCAACUACUACUCAAGGACUUACUACGCUAUAGUGAAUGUGGGUCGAUGAGCGCUGGUCUGCAGCAAGCCCUUGACUGCAUGCUCGUUGUACUAAAAUGCGUUAACGACUCUAUGCACCAGAUUGCCAUCACUGGCGUACCAGUGGACCUGAGUCAGCAAGGCGAGCUGCUGCUGCAGAGUUCGUUCCUGGUGGUGUCGGAGAACAAGCGUGAUUUGCGGCUGCGGCUGCGACCGCGUCGCCGCCACAUUUUUCUCUACGAGAAGGCCAUGUUGUUCUGCAAACCCGCCACUAAAAACAACCACAACAAGGCGACCUAUCAUUUUAAACAUGACCUGCAGAUGUCACAAAUAGGUCUAACGGAGUCAGUGAAGGGCGACCCGCGUAAGUUUGAAGUGUGGCGACAGGGGAGAUCGGAGGUGCACACAAUAACGGCGCCCACGGUGGAGGUGAAGCGCGCCUGGGUGGAGCGCAUCAAGCGAGUGCUGCUCGACCAGCUCAAGGAGCUCAAGGGCGAGAAGGUCCGGCAGUACGGCGCGCAGCACAGGACGCUGAUCCAGACGAGCUCGUGGGAGGCGGCGCCGCUGGCGGGCGCGGCGCGCGCUCUUGCGGUUGGCGGGCCGCGCGCCGCCUCGUGCGACCACGACGCGCACGACGAGCCCUGCUGGUCCACAGACCCCUCCGACGAUGACGACGACGACCCCGACCACGCGCCGGCUGUGGGGUGUUCGCUGGUGGCGCUGUCGGAGUACACGGCGGUGGGCGCGAGCGAGGUAUCGCUUCGCGAGGGCCAGCACGCCGAGUUACUCAAGGUGGGCUGCGCCGGCUGGUGGUACGUGCGCCUUGCAGGUGGACAGGGCGAGGGCUGGGCGCCGGCCGCAUACUUGGAGCAGCGCAAGACUUCACGCUCGUCCAGCCACUCGCACGAUCGCCUGCAUGACCACUAG